AUGCGUGCCUCUACAUUCACUCUCUAUGCCCUUUGCGCAGCUGGAUCUGCCAUGGCCCACAUGGAAAUGCAGUGGCCAUAUGCCCUGAGAAGCAAGUUCAACAAGGGUAUGAAUGGCCAUCUUCCUGCUCUGAUUGACCGAGAUGUGCACGGUGCUAAUAAUGUUAUAGAGAACACCAACCCUGACUGGUCCAUGACUGGCCCUCUGAACCCUUCGGGAGCCGACUUCCCUUGCAAAGGUUACCACAAGGACCCAUUCAAGUCUGUUGCUACCUAUGAGGCCGGCCAAGAGUACAACUUGACACUUGCUGGAAACACCCGCCACGACGGAGGAUCCUGCCAGGUCUCUCUCAGCUACGACAACGGCAAGACCUUCAAGGUUAUCAACUCCUAUCUCGGCGGUUGCCCCAUGAAGGAUACCUACAACUUCAACAUCCCAGCCAACGCACCGUCAGGAAAGGCUCUCCUUGCAUGGUCUUGGUUCAACCUCGUCGGAAACCGUGAGAUGUACAUGAACUGUGCCCAGGUCACUGUUGACAGCAAGAGCGCCUCCACCACUCAGUUCAACUCUCUCCCUGACAUGUUUGUUGCCAAUGUUGGAAAUGGCUGCACUACCGUCGAGGGACAGGAUAUUGUUUUUGAAGACCCCGGAAAGAAAGUGCAGUAUGCGGACGGCGUGACUGCACAGACCCAGGUGUCCCCGAAAUGCCCCAAGAAGAGCGCAAAGAGGUCUGAGAAGUGCGGUGGCACUCACUCUGCUAAGUUCAGAGUCUAA